AUGAGUCCAGGGCUGGGGUACAGUAGUGAGUCUCCUGUCCCAGGACCUCUGAACUUUAGCAUCGCUUCGCGUCGCUCAAGUUCUUCCCCGAACACCAUUCUCCCGUUCGACGUCACGUCGUUCACCACGGAUAACCACCAGCAAUCAUGGCUUCCCACGCCCCUUGCCCCGCAGCCUUCGGCUCAGAAUUCGAUCAACAGCAACAAGAACAACAACGACAGCAACAAGACAUCUCCUCACGAGGACUUUGUGCUUUAUCCGCCUGUGCCGUCCCCUCGUCCACAGCUUCGCCCCAGGGACUCGCGUGCUCCUCCAGCAUCUGCCCAUAGACCUUCUCCUGCGUUCCGUCAUCCUUUCCUGGUCCCCCAAUCUUCUUCUUCCAGCAGACGCCACUCGCUAGCUCUGCAGCGUCAUCUCCAGCAGCAGUUUGCAGGCUCUCCGGCUCAAGUAUUGGCCCCCUCGACCAGGCGCCUCACCCAGUCUACCGGUCUUUCGCUGUCUCCCUCUUAUCGGUCUACUCUCCCCGGUCGCAAGCACGUCCAGCGUCUCUACGCCGCCUCGGCGCCUUCGCGUUCUCCGCAUCCUUCCCGUCCCCCGGUGCCUCUCUUCAACAACAUUUCGGGAGUCCCUCCCCAGAUCCAGAACCUUGCUUUACAUCAUCGGAACAUGUCCACUCCUAAUUUUGCUCAAGACUUCUUCGAUCUCUCCAACCACUUCGGAGACGAUUUCGAGAAUACCGAACCCACCAUGCUUUCUACUCAGAACCUGCCGGGCAUUGACCCCAUGGCUCCCAUGCCAUCGGGCACCGUGUCCCCCAAGGAUCUCUUCAUGGAUUCUUCGGCGCCUCCGUCCACUUCCUUCACUGACCUGAGCACCCCCUCCUUCGAGUCCCCCGGCUACUUCAGCCAGGAUACCUCUCCCAUGUUCGCUUCGGACCUGGAGCUGGCCUCGGGUCACGAGGAGUGGGAGUCGCUCUUCCCGGUCAGUGAUGCAUUCGAUGCAACUGCCCUGGAAUUGGUCACUGCCAUGGCUGCCCAGCAAGAGCAGCAGCCCAAGGCGCCCGUCGCGAUGCCUCCUCCUUCUUCUCCCAUCAUCCGGUCCUCCACCUCUCCAGCUCCUUCGCCCGGGCCCGGUCGCGUCACCAAGCACUCGACCAUGAACGCUCGCCAGCGCAAGCCUCUGCCUCCUAUCAAGGUCAAUAACGCCGACCCCGUGGCUGUCAAGCGGGCUCGCAACACCGAGGCCGCCCGCAAGUCGCGUGCCCGCAAGCUGGAGCGUCAGGAUGAGAUGGAGCGUCGCAUCGCCGAACUUGAAAAGUCUCUCGAAGAAUCGCAGCGUCGUGAGCAAUAUUGGAAGGCCCUCGCUCAGAGUAAGGCAUAA